AUGACAACCAACAACACUGCUGAUAUCGUCGAAGACCAGCCGCCAUGGGCAUGGAUCAAGUGCGUUCGCGACAUGACCGAUGCGCACAGUUGCCGACCUAAUGUGGAGCUCCCAGUGGAAGUGCUUCCAUGGUUAUUGAUCUCGGACAGAAAAUCGUCUUUGAAUGUGAGCAAGCUCAAAGAGCACCGCAUUACCCACAUUCUGUCCGUCCACGCCGUUUCACCCCGAGAAGAAGGAUACUAUCAAGAGAGACUCGAUGGCACUGGUAUUGUCCACAAACGCGUCUCGUGUGACGAUACCGAAGGAUAUCCCAUGAUUGAUAGACACUGGGCCGAUUGCCUCCAAUUUUUGAGGACAGUGAGAGCAACCCUCAAUGGACGCGUUGUGGUGCAUUGCGUCGCAGGAGUGAACCGAUCCGGUCUCAUUUGCUGCGCUGCGCAAAUGGUUCUGGAACAGCAACCCUUGCUGGAUGUAGUCCGACACUGCAUCGACCGGCGAGGGGCUGUCCUUUGGAACCGAUCCUUCCAGCGUCAGUUGUGUGACUUGGCUAAACGGGAGGGUUUGCUAGGUCCGCCUCCUCCAGGAUAUACCGAUGAACCAUUGGUAGAUACAAUCCCAGCACCCCCACCCGCACACUGCAUCAUCAUGGAAAAGCAGACCGUGAAAUCUACCAUGGCAGCCCAUAUAGAAGAUCGUCUGGCCACACUGAAAAAACAGAGUACAAACUGCAACCAGCUAUGCUGA